AUGCUCGUCGAGACGCUCCUCCGCAUCGCCGUGGGCGUGAGUGCCCUGGGCAACCCGCGCGGCCUGCCGCGGUCGCUCACGGAGGCGCUGACGAGCGACCUCGCGCCGGCCCGCUUCGCCAAGGACUUUAGCAAGCCGCUGGCCGUCCCCGAGGCGGGCAUCGAGGCCGCCGUGCGCGCCAUGCGCAGCGGCCGCCUCUUCCGCUACGGCGCGUCCAGCGCGGCGUCGAGCGAGGUGGCCCGCGCGGAGCGCGAGUUCGCGGACGGCGUCGCGGGGAGCCGCUUCGCCGUCGGCGUCAACUCCGGUUCGAGCGCGCUCAUGCUCGGCCUCAUGGCCGUGGGCGUCAAGCCCGGCGACCGCGUCGUCUGCAACGGCUUCGCCUUCACGGGCGUGCCGUCGACGAUCAUGCGCCUGGGGGCCGAGCCCGUUUUGGUCGAUACGGACGCGCACUUUCGGUUGGACGUCGCCGACCUCGAGGCGAAGCUCGACGCGUUCCCCGACGCGCGGGCCUUGGUGCUGAGCCACACGCGGGGGCGGGUCUGCGACCUGGACCGCGUCGCCGCGCUCGCGGAGGCGCGGAAGCUCGACGUCGUCGAGGACUGCGGCCACGCGGCGGGCGCUUCGUGGCGGGGCCGGCCCGUGGGCCGCCUCGGCGCCGUCGCGGCCUUCGGGGCGCGCAGCGACUCCAUGCUCAACGGCGGCGAGGCGGGCUUCGCGACGACGGACGACGCCGAGACGGCCGCGAAGUUGGUGUACUUGUCGGGGUGCUACGAGCGCCGCUACGGGAAACACGGCGCGCGGCCCGAGGACGACGACCUGCUCGAGCGGGCCAUGGCGACCAUGCCCUACCUCUCGACGCGCAUGUCGGAGCUCUCCGCGGCGUGCCUGCGGCCGGCGGUGGCGAGCCUCGCGGACAGGGUGGUGGAGGCGAACCGGCGGCACGCGUUGAUCGCGCGGAGCCUCGGGGAUCUGGCCGGCGGCGGCGUCGUGCUCCCGGAGAGCGACCCGCGCGCGUCGUGCGUCGGGGACCGCCUCACCUUCUCCGUGCCCGCGCUCGACGAGGCGGCGAACGGCUUCUUCCGGACGACGUGCGUCGCGCUCGGCGUGCCCGUCGCGUGGCUCAAGUCGCCGGCGAACGCGUUCUACCACGGCAACUGGCGCAACUACGGCGCGCCGACCUUCGAGCUGCCGGGGACGGACGCGCUCCUCGAGACGGCCUACGACCUCGCGCUGCCGGCCUACUUCGGGGACGACGACCUGCGCCACGUCGCGGAGAUCGUCGCCUACGCCUACGCCUGCGCGGCCGCGGCGAGCGAAGACGACGGCGGCGGGGCUUAG